AUGAUAGCAGCACAAGAGUUGCACACAGAGUUUCAGUUUCCUCAGUAAGUAUAACUGUGAAAUGUGCAAAUUGUAUCACCUUCUUUUUUGCAAACCGUGAAGAUGCAGAGGACAUAGGCUUUGUAUUGCAUAGAUAGACCUUCAAACUAGUUCUGUGUGUAUUGUUGCAAUUACCUUUUUUUGUUUUCUGAACAGAGAGGCUGAUACACAGUUGUCCUCUGACACAGACCUUGAGGACCCUGAUGUCAAGAAUGCAAAGCUUGGGAAAGGAAAGGUGAGACUUGCAUGUAAAAUCCUCUAUCAACACAAGGAUUCCAUAAUAAAAUGGAUAUGGUCACCUACUGCUUUACAUUUGCGCACACACAAUGUACACUAACACUUACAUGGUAUUCCUGUCUGUUGUAGGGUGGGAAGAAGGGGAAGAAAGCCCCUGGAGAUAAGGGAAAGGGUGGUGCAGCGAAGUGUGUUGGCCUUGGCCGGGUGAAUGGCCACCACCAGGAGAAUGGGAUGGAGAGCAUGACCCUGUUCGAGGUGGUGAAAAUGGGGAAGAGUGCCACACAGGUUGGUUCAAACUUUUUUAAUUAGAAGGAUAGGGUAAUAAACUAGUCGUUCUCAAUGCAUGUUGGUGAUAGUAGUAUUUUCAUAUUAAAGUGAUGGCUAAUGGGUGUUUUUUCUUUUAGUCCAUCGUUGAUGACUGGAUUGAGUCUUACAAGAAUGAUCGAGACAUUGCUCUCCUGGACUUGAUCAACUUUUUCAUCCAGUGCUCAGGCUGUAAAGGUAGGCACCCAGAGUGGAUUGAAUAGAAUUGUUGAAUAGAAUACUAUCCGCUGUGAAGGACGUUUCUAAAUCAUUUUGCAUCCAUUACUUGUGAUGAUUGAACGAGCUAAGAUUAUUUGUUCUUUUUUGUUUUGCUACAGGUGCUGUCAGUGCAGAGAUGUUCAGACACAUGCAAAACUCUGAGAUCAUUAGGAAGAUGACAGAGGAAUUUGACGAGGUACUGUCUGAUGGUACACUUACUGUACAUUGUUAUUUAUGCCUCUCUGUCUAUAGCGUAUAUUUUAACAUUAUUCCCAUUUUCUUUCGCUCUGUUAUCAUAUAGGACAGCGGGGACUACCCGUUAACCAUGGCAGGGCCACUGUGGAAGAAGUUCAAGUCGAGCUUCUGUGAGUUUAUCGGGGUGCUGGUGCGGCAGUGUCAGUACAGCAUAAUCUAUGACGAGUACAUGAUGGACACAGUCAUCUCGCUGCUCACGGGCCUGUCUGACUCGCAGGUCCGAGCCUUCAGACACACCAGCACACUGGCAGGUCAGUACUCCCACAAUACAGACCCUGGGCAGUUGAGGGAAGUCUGUAGUUAAACCACUGUUAAACUACUAGCUUGAUGUAUGCAUUGCCAUCUUUUAUGAGGGCUACACUGUGUCUAUAUGUAGGCCUAUUGAAUAUAAGGCAGGUCUGCAUAAAUAGUGCCUUAUUAAUUAGUAGAUGUCACUCAAGUGAGUCGUUGUCUCUACCAGCCAUGAAAUUGAUGACAGCCUUGGUGAAUGUGGCUCUGAACCUGAGCAUCAACAUGGACAACACUCAGAGGCAGUAUGAGGCAGAGAGGAACAAGGUCAUGGCCAAGAGGGCCAACGAUAGGCUAGAGCUCCUGUUACAGAAGCGUAAAGAGGUGAGUGGGUUCUUCUCGUGUCUCUCAACCGUUUCUUCCUUACGGCUGUUGUAUUGAGGGGUAAGAACUUGACCUGGUCCUAAUAAUUCUAACCUGACCAUUUAGAAAUUACAUUUUUGAAAAGGAAAAGGUGCAGUGCUCACUCACCAUUUAAAACAUUAUGUUAUUUAAACAACUAAAAGCUUGACAACCAAUUUCUAAUGAAGGCCAUCGAUGAAGUCCGAAACGUCAGUCUUUUAAUAGUUGUUUGAAUAAAAUAAUAUGUUUUUAAUGGUGAGUGAGGGUUGCGCAUUUUCCUUUUCCUUUUCAAUUAUCAUUUAGUUUUUGGGUUGCACCUCGACUCGCGUUGGUUGUGCGCCCUCCACUUGUUUCCAUUUAGAAAUGUAAAAAGCAUUUUCAAUUUGAAAUGUCUCCUCUUUUCAGCUUCAAGAAAAUCAAGACGAAAUUGAAAACAUGAUGAAUGCAAUUUUUAAAGGAGUGUUUGUUCACAGAUAUCGGUAUGUAUUGGAACUUGUCAUCUUUCUACGUACAGAACAAUGAAUCCAAUUACAACUGUAAUGGAUUAUGUGUUAUAUUUUGAAUUAUGUACUGUUUUAGGGUGGAUAUUUUGAAUGGUAUUUUUGUAGUGGAUUUUUAAAAGGGGUCUAAAAAGAGAACUGUGGGUGCAUUCACUAGACGUCAGAGAGUUCGAUCUCUGUGUGAAAACCAACUUCAGGUACUGACAUUGCAGUGAGAGAGACUUCAGAGGCAUUGAAGGCAUAUAGCAUCUCUGAGAUGUGCAGGCUGGUCUUUCACUGAGCUGUUCCAAGGCUCUGGGGCGCCAUCUUGUGCUAAACAACAGGCAGCAACGGUUGCUGAGGCAGAACAGCUGUUCAUGGCACACCAUGUAGCACUGAUAUCUGAUCUAAGUAGAACUGCCUCUGGCUGUACCACUUAAGUUUUUCUAAUGAAAUCAAUAUUUACUGCCCUACCAUAAGAUAUCAAAUCAUUGAUUUGAUCAUUGAGCGUAAUGGGGGCUGUGAAUAAGUCUGGACAUUUCUUCUCUGUUUAUCAGCGAUGCCAUAGCUGAAGUCCGGGCAAUCUGCAUUGAGGAGAUUGGGGUAUGGAUGAAGAUGUACAGCGAUGCUUUUCUCAAUGACAGUUAUCUGAAGUAUGUUGGAUGGACCAUGCAUGACAAGGUGAGUCAUGCAAUAUGUCAAAUCACAUUUGUGGGAGUUGUAAAGCAUGUUGCGGGUAGUCUCUUUUAUACAAGUAAGAUUUACUGUGUGUUUAAACAGUAGGUAUAUUAUCAGACUUGAAAGCUACAGCAUUGAGGUUUGAACGUUGUGGUUUGAAUAUUGUCCUCCCUGUGACUGCAGCAAGGAGAAGUGCGUCUCAAGUGUCUGACUGCGCUCCAGGGCCUGUACUAUAACCGGGAGCUCAACACUCGACUGGAGCUUUUCACCAGCCGCUUCAAGGUAUGUCAGACGCUCCCCCAUCUCACCACUGACUGGGAAAUACUGUACAUAACAUACUCACAUCAUGGUUGGCCAUGGUUGACUUUACUGUCAUUGACAGGAUCGCAUUGUGUCGAUGACUCUGGACAAGGAGUAUGAUGUUGCAGUGCAAGCCAUAAAACUUCUGACUCUUGUCUUGCAGUAAGUAACCGUGUCUACAAAACAUUUAAAUAAUUGCUCAUCCUUCACAACGUUAGCAAACGUAUUCGUGUCCAGUACUCCAUGCACUCCUGACCCUUCGCUGACCCCGAUGAGACCUUACAGCCCUGUGUGGUGUUGUCACCUUGCAGUAGCAGUGAUGAGGUCCUGACAGCAGAGGACUGUGAAAGUGUCUACCAUCUGGUCUACUCUGCCCAUCGACCUGUGGCUGUGGCUGCAGGAGAGUUCCUCUAUAAGAAGUAGGUAUCACACCGGCUCUCUAAAGCUGUGGUGGAAGCUGAAAAAUACUCUUAUGUAAUUGUUAUUAAAGCCCUAUUUGGGUUGGAAAUGCCUUCAGGCUGAGAAACAGAUUUUUUUGUUGUUGAAUUAUCCAGCAGCAUUUAGCCUGACCUCAAUGUUGCCGUGUCCAUAGGCUCUUCAGCCAUCGAGGUCCAGAGGAGGAGGGGAUGCCCAGGAGGGGCAGGCAGAGCCUCAACGGAAACCUCAUUAAGACCACCGUCUUCUUCUUCCUGGAGAGUGAGGUGUGUUCAGUCUCCAUGAAGAGUCUGUCUCUGUUUGAAGUGACCUACUUGGGGCACAAAUCAAAAUCACAUUUUAAAUUGUGUUAUGUUUCGUAAACAACAUGUGUAGACUAACAGUGAAAUGAUUACUUAUGGGCCCUUUUCCAACAAUGCAGAGUUAAAGAUAAAAAAAAAAUAGCGAUACAGUAGCGACACUAGGAAUAAAUACACAGUAAAUAACAAUAAAGAGUAAAAGUAACAUGGCUAUAUACAGGGGUACAAGGUAAUUGAAGUAGCUCUGUACAUAUAGGUAGGGGUAAAGUGACUAUUGACGUGUUUCGGUUGUGAUAACCUCUGAAUGUUUGCAGCUCCAUGAGCACGGGGCCUACCUGGUGGACAGCCUGUGGGAGUGUGCAGGGGAGCUGCUUAAAGACUGGGAGAGCAUGAUCAGCCUGCUGCUGGAUGAGCCCAUGCCAGGGGAGGAGGGUAAGGAGCAGCACCACACACACACACACACACUGUUACUGGAACUGUCAUGUCUCAACAUGUUUUCCCCUGUCCUGUCCAGCCCUGACAGACCACCAGGAGACUGCCCUGAUCGAGAUCAUGCUGUGUGCCAUCCGCCAGGCCUGUGAGUGCCACCCACCAGUGGGCAGAGGCACUGGGAAGAGGGUGAGUGCUGCUUGGCAUAUUCCAAUGUAAGCCCCUCAGCGGUCAACUCCAGUACUAGUGAGCUCUUAAGGCUUUAUGCUCAGAAGACAUGUUUGAACAUUCACUCAGAUAUCUGAGGUUUGAUAAAAAACCUUUCAUAUAACAUGAUUGUAAUGUGAGUUCAGGUGGGCCUUUGCGCUUUAGCAAAUAAAGGAAAGGAGGGGUGCUCAAUGACAAAAAUCACGAGAAUGGCUUACCAAGAAAACGUCCAAAAGGACUCAUUUGAGGUAAAAAGGAGUUGGAGCACUCAGCACUCAACAAUUAAUCCAUUGUACAGGAUGCUAACAGGUGACUGACAUUUCUGCCUUUUUUUGUUGAUUUCUCCAACUCCUUUUUACCUAAGAUUAGUCCUUUUGGAAGUUUUUCUAGGUUAGCCAUUCUCAUGAUUGUGAUGUGAUUGUGCUCUUCUGAAAAUCCUCCUAGGUCCUGACAGCGAAAGAAAAGAAAACCCAGCUGGAUGACCGGACGAGAAUCACUGAGAUCUUUGCUGUGGCGUUGCCUCUGUUGUUGGCCAAGGUCAGUUAUCAAUUUGUGUACAUGACUGUCACUUUACAGUCUAUACAUGGCUGCUAUAUUUAACUCAACCCCUGGGACUGCCAGAUAGAUGCAGGAUUACUCAACGCUAGGUCUCUUGUUGUAGCUCCCCUCACCCUCUCCAUCUUCCCCUCACAGUACUCCGUUGAUGCUGAGAAGGUGACCAACUUACUGCAGCUACCGCAGUUCUUUGACCUGGAAAUCUACACCACUGGUCGAUUGGAAAAGGUUUGUGAAUCAUCUGAUAUUCCUGGACCGCAACUAAUCCUACCGUACCUUAGAUUGUUAACAGUAAGUUAUUCACGCGGCCAUUGUGGCAGAAUGUAGUUUGAGACCUCGCAUCCCUUUGUGUGCAGCACUUAGAGUCGUUGCUGCGUCAGAUCAGGGAGGUGGUGGAGAAGCACACAGAGACUGACGUGCUGGAGGCGUGCUCCAUGACCUACCACGCUCUCUGCAACGAGGAGUUUACCAUCUUCAACAGGGUGGACAUCGCCAGGUCCCAGCUACUGGACGAGCUGGUGGACAAGUUCAACAGACUCCUGGAGGACUUCCUGCUGGAGGUGGGCUCAGAUGCAUAGAGAUACAGUGGGGAGAACAAGUAUUUGAUACACUGCCGAUUUUGCAGGUUUUCCUACUUACAAAGCAUGUAGAGGUCUGUAAUUUUUAGGUACACUUCAACUGUGAGAGACGGAAUCUAAAACCAAAAUCCAGAAAAUCACAUUGUAUGAUUUUAAGUAAUUCAUUUGCAGUUUAUUGCAUGACAUAAGUAUUUGAUACAUCAGAAAAGCAGAACUUAAUAUUUGGUACAGAAACCUUUGUUUGCAAUUACAGAGAUCAUACGUUUCCUGUAGGUCUUGACCAGGUUUGCACACACUGCAGCAGGGAUUUUGGCCCACUCCUCCAUAUAGACCUUCUCCAGAUCCUUCAGGUUUCGGGGCUGUCGCUGGGCAAUUCGGACUUUCAGCUCCCUCCAAAGAUGUUCUAUUGGGUUCAGGUCUGGAGACUGGCUAGGCCACUCCAGGACCUUGAGAUGCUUCUUACGGAGCCACUCCUUAGUUGCCCUGGCUUUGUGUUUCGGGUCGUUGUCUUGCUGGAAGACCCAGCCACGACCCAUCUUCAAUGCUCUUACUCAGGGAAGGAGGUUGUUGGCCAAGAUCUCGCGAUACAUGGCCCCAUCCAUCCUCCCCUCAAUAAGGUGCAGUCGUCCUAUCCCCUUUGCAGAAAAGCAUCCCCAAAGAAUGAUGUUUCCACCUCCAUGCUUCACGGUUGGGAUGGUGUUCUUGGGGUUGUACUCAUCCUUCUUCUUCCUCCAAACACGGCGAGUGGAGUUUAGACCAAAAAGCUCUAUUUUUGUCUCAUCAGACCACAUGACCUUCUCCCAUUCCUCCUCUGGAUCAUCCAGAUGGUCAUUGGCAAACUUCAGACGGGCCUGGACAUGCGCUGGCUUGAGCAGGGGGACCUUGCGUGCGCUGCAGGAUUUUAAUCCAUGACGGCGUAGUGUGUUACUAAUGGUUUUCUUUGGUCAUUGACCAGGUCCUGCCGUGUAGUUCUGGGCUGGUCCCUCAACUUCCUCAUGAUCAUUGAUGCCCCACGAGGUGAGAUCUUGCAUGGAGCCCCAGACCGAGGGUGAUUGACCGUCAUCUUGAACUUCUUCCAUUUUCUAAUAAUUGCGCCAACAGUUGUUGCCUUCUCACCAAGCUGCUUGCCUAUUGUCCUGUAGCCCAUCCCAGACUUGUGCAGGUCUACAAUUUUAUCCCUGAUGUCCUUACACAGCUCUCUGGUCUUGGCCAUUGUGGAGAGGUUGGAGUCUGUUUGAUUGAGUGUGUGGACAGGUGUCUUUUAUACAGGUAACGAGUUCAAACAGGUGCAGUUAAUACAGGUAAUGAGUGGAGAACAGGAGGGCUUCUUAAAGAAAAACUAACAGGUCUGUGAGAGUGCCGGAAUUCUUACUGGUUGGUAGGUGAUCAAAUACUUAUGUCAUGCAAUAAAAUGCAAAUUAAUUACUUAAAAAUCAUACAAUGUGAUUUUCUGGAUUUUUGUUUUAGAUUUCGUCUCUCACAGUUGAAGUGUACCUAUGAUAAAAAAGUACAGACCUCUACAUGCUUUGUAAGUAGGAAAACCUGCAAAAUCGGCAGUGUAUCAAAUACUUGUUCUCCCCACUGUACAUAAAAUGUCAAUUGUAUUCUAUUUAAUUCUAUGUUCAGCUGGCUGAGUGUCUCAGAGACUGAGCAAUCUGUCAGAUUGAGAACUUCUAUGGCAGAUUUGGCAAUGCAUAAGGACAUUACCUAUCUUUAAUCUUUGUAGAUUAUUUGUCAAAGAAAAAUAAGUAUUCUAGGGUAGUACUCAGAUUGGUGUUAAUUGAAACUGGGACCGUAAAUUGAGUGACACGUGGCUGUGUAGGAUUUCACGAGCUAGUUAUCUGUUGUUUCAGGGUGAGGAACCAGAUGAGGAUGAUGCCUACCAGGUCCUGUCCACACUAAAGAGGAUCACUGCUUUCCACAAGUAAGGCCAUGAGCAAUAUUAAACAAGUAAUGUGUAAUCCAAGCAUUUACCAAUGAACGGUAGAUAAAUCAUAACUCCUUAUCUGACUAGAUUCUGUGUUUCUCCUGUGCAGUGCACAUGACCUCUCUAAAUGGGACCUGUUCACCAGCAACUAUAAGCUACUAAACACAGGACUUCAGAAUGGCGAUAUGCCUGAGCAGGUACCUAAACCAUAACCCUGUUAUCCCCUCGAACCCACCUACCCCAGAAAUGUUUCACAUUCAUCUCCACUGUUUACUAUCACUUACCUUGUAAUACUCUAUUUUUCCCAGAUUGUAAUUCAUGCGAUGCAGUGCACACACUACAUCAUUCUGUGGCACCUAGCCAAGGUCUCCGAUGGCAGCUCUACAAAGGUACACACACUGUUGUUUUCAGUGACUAAUGACUAUCCAGUGUCUACCAAUGUUUGUGACUAUACACCCCUGGGUGUCUGGAUAAUGAAUGUGGUUUACUGAGUAAAUAGUGAGUACUGAAUACUGAGAAAAUCUGUUGGUUUCCAGGGGGACAUGGUCACCCUGAGGAAGCAGAUGAGGGCCUUCUGUCUGAUGUGUCAACGCUACCUCACCAGUGUCAACACCACUGUCAAAGAGCAGGUGGGUUGUCCUACGUCAUGUCAGUCUGUUCCCUAACUGUGUAGGUGUGUGUUCACUGUUAAGUGAGUGCUGAGGGGUUGCUGCUCUGUUGUGUAGGCUGGAUUACUGUAAAGCACUGUGUGACAACUGUUGACAUGUACGGGUGUUAUGUGAUUGAUUUGAUUGAUUGAUUGAUUGACUGUGUUCCAGGCCUUCACCAUCCUGUGUGAUGCCCUGAUGAUCUUCAGCCACCAGAUCGUGUCAUCGGGCCGGGAGCAGCUGGAGGCUCUGAUCUACACGCCAGACUCCUCCCUGCAGGCCGAGCUGCUCAACUUCAUCCUGGACCACGUCUUUAUCGACCAAGACGAUGACAACAACAGCACAGGUCAGACACAGCCCACUGGAAGACAGUCACAACACAGGCCAGACAGACCCCCCUCACACAGCACAGGCCAGACAUCCACACAGCCCACCUGGCAGCUAGUCACAACACAAGGAGACAGCUGAGAAUGGCUUUUAAUGUGAAUAGUGCACACACAAGUUAAAACACCAGAGCUGUUUCUGAGUUGAAGCGAACACCUUAUAUGGAGACAGGAAUGGUGAAGUUUUACAAGGGGUUACCUCAGUGUUCUUAAUUUUAUCAGAUGGGCAGCAAGAUGAUGAAGCGAGUAAAAUCGAGGCCUUACACAAGAGGCGUAACCUGCUGGCAGCGUACUGCAAACUGAUCAUUUACAAUGUGGUGGAGAUGAACACUGGAGCUGAUAUCUUCAAGCAGUACAUGAGGGUAUGUCUGGCCUCCUGCCAUAUUUAGACCUUUAAAAGAAAACAUUCCUGUUCUGCCAAUCAAUUAAAUGUGUGUUUUUCUCUCUAGUACUACAACGACUAUGGAGAUAUCAUCAAGGAAACGAUGAGUAAAACAAGACAAAUUGACAAGAUCCAGUGUGCCAAGACCCUCAUACUGAGUUUGCAGCAGGUAGGAGCUUUGGAGAAAUUAACAUUCAAUUAAAGUAUUGUCUUCAUUUUGUAACAAUGUGAGUGUUUUGAUGAUCGUUUUAAAAGUUGCAACACUUUUUUCUAUUUUUAGCUUUUCAAUGAGAUGUUAUCUGACCUCGGCUGCAACUUUGACCGCUCGUCGUCGUCCUUCUGCGGCAUUAAAGAACUGGCCCGACGUUUCUCGUUGACCUUUGGCCUGGAUCAGCUGAAGACCAGAGAGGCUAUCGCCAUGUUACACAAGUAAGCCUGCAGCAAAUCUGAGUAGAAAUCAGUAAGUAAAGGUUUAACAGCUCUGCAGGCAUGCUUCUAUUUGAGGCUUCUCAACCUCCCAGAACUGUUAAAGUAUUUACAGCUUCAAUCCAUUCCUUCCUAAACAUUUUAUCUUGUGCUGCACUUGCUGCAGGGAUGGAAUCGAGUUUGCCUUCAAGGAGCCCAGUCCCCAGGGAGAGGGAAACCCUCCUCUCAACCUUGCCUUCCUGGACAUUCUCAGCGAGUUCUCCUCCAAACUUCUCCGUCAGGACAAGAAGACAGUGUACGUCAGAGGAAACUGUUAUAUUUAGUCCUCUGUAGCUAUGUGGUCCUCUGUAGCUCAGCUGGUAGAGCACGGCGCUUGUAACGCCAAGGUAGUGGGUUCGAUCCCCGGGACCACCCAUACACAAAAAUGUAUGCACGCAUGACUGUAAGUCGCUUUGGAUAAAAGCGUCUGCUAAAUGGCAUAUUAUUAUUAUUAUUAUUAUUAGUCCUAUGUGCAGUCAAUCAUUAGUGACUGUAUUCUCCUAAGCCAGACAGACCACAGUGACACUAGAUCAUGGAUGUUGACUUGUGGUCCUCUGUCCCCUGCAGUCACCUCUACCUGGAGCGGUUCAUGACCUUCCAGAUGGCCCUGCAGCGAGAGGACUGCUGGCUGCCCCUCAUCUCCUACAGGAACUCCCUGCAGGCCGGAGGGGACGACGACACCAUGUCUGUUAUCAGCGGCUACAGCAGCCGAGGUUCCAGCAUCAGGAGCAAGAAGGCCAAGCCAGCCAGCACCGGAAAGAGGAAACUGCCUGAAGGUGAGGGGCAGACACAGAGCCAUAGAACAGCAUGGGCAACAUACUGUGACUCACUGGCGUUAAACCUGAAAGCUCAGUGUUUAGUGUUAUGAUAUACACUGAGUGUACAAAACAUUACGAACACCUUCCUAAUAUUGAGUUGCACCCCCUUUUGCCCUCAGAACAGACUCAAUUCAUCGGAGCAUGGACUAGAAGGUGUUGAAAGUGUUCUACAGGGCUGCUGGCCCAUGUUAACUCCAACGCUUCCCACAGUUGUGACAAGUUGGCUGGAUGUCCUUUGGGUGGUGGACCAUUCUUGAUACACACGGGAAACUGUUGAGCGUGAAAAACCCAGCAGAGUUGCAGUUCUUGACACAGUCCGGUGCGCAUGGCACCUACUACCAUACCCUGUUCAAAGGCACUUAAAUAUUUUGUCUUGCCCAUUCACCCUCUGAAUGGCACACAUACACAAUCCAUGUCUCAAUUGUCUCAAAUCUUAAAAAUCCUUAUUUUACCAGUCUCCUCCCCUUCAUCUACACUGAUUUUAAGUAUAUUUAACAGGUGAUAUCAAUAAGGGAUCAUAGCUUUCACCUGGAUUCACCUGAUCAGUCUAGGUAAUGGAAAGAGCAGGUGUUCCUAAUGUUUUGUACACUCAGUGUACACAACUAAUUGUGUUCCAGAAUCUGUCACCUGCAGCUCAAUGUCAGAUCAUUGAGCUGGGCCAAAUAUGCUGAAAGCCCAUACAAGCAAUAAAAUAAAUGUUGCCAAAUGUACAAUUAGAUUUUCACUUGGGGAAAUAACUUGCUGAAUGAAGAUUAUACCUUAAUGAAUUGAGUGUUUGCUAGAUGUUAUCUGAUGUUGGCAUUAUAAAAAGCCAAUACGCUAAGAUGUCUACCUGAGCACUGAGUAGUCGGCUCACUGUAUAACAACCCCAUUAAACCCUUGCUAUUGCAGCAGAGGAGAGUAGCAGCUGCAGCACAGAUGCGGUGUGGAUGAACCAGGAGCAGAACGUACAGACGCCAGUGAUGAUGCCCUCGCCACAUCUCACCUCCACUGUGCUGAGGGACCCCAAGAAAAUGAGGCCAGAGGAGAGCUACAUGGGUAUCUACGCUAUGACAUCAGAGCAGCAGCAGCACCAACAGCUGCCCCCCCAGCAGCAUCACCAUCAGAUCCCCAUGGACUACAAGUACAGAACACCUUUCUAUGGCUCAACACCUUUUGAUUUUCAUGAGUAUCUUUAGCCAUCCAUUGUAGGGUGGCAGGUAGCUUAGUGGUUAAGAGCGUUGGGCCAGUAACCGAAAAGUUGCUGGUUUGAAUCCCCGAGCCGACUAGGUGAAAAAUCUGUCUGUGCACUUGAGCAUGGCACUUAACCCUAAUUGCUCCUGUAAGUUGCUCUGGAUAGGAGCGUCUGCUAAAUGACUAAAACGUCAAAUGUAAUGUUACUUAGCUACGUAUGCAAUGUUAUCACAAUGAAUUAUAUCUUCAAUGAAACCACGGUAGUUCGCCUCUUGUUUGAAUAAGUAUGACUGUCUGUAUUAAUGUGUCUGACUCUGUUUUCAGUACCCAGGUGACCUGGAUGCUAGCCCAGAGACAGCAGGCAGAGGCCCGGCAGCAGCAGGAGCGGGCCAGCAUGCAGUACGCCAAGAUGAGGAGCCACAUGCAGAACUCAAUGUAAGACGGCACUUCUCUUCCAGACCACAGUGGUGUUUCAACCCCAGUGUAGUACAUACAGUCAUUUGCUGCCAUGUGUGUAAUGUAUAUAGUAAUUUGUGGCCAUGUCUUUGACCAUCUAGCCGCCGCGGUUCAGGACUCAUGGAGGACGAUGAGGAGCCAAUAGUAGAGGAUGUAAUGAUGUCGUCAGAGGACCGUUUGGAAGAUCUCAAUGAGGGCAUGGAUUUCGACACUAUGGAUAUUGAUCUGGUAAAAUACACUCAUAAAGAUGUAGUAGUGCAUUUAUGAAUAUUACUGCCUUGGUGUCUCUUCUUUCUUACUUUGCUGUUUAUUGUUUAGCCACCAUCGAAAAAUCGCAGAGAGAGAUCAGAGCUGAAGCCAGACUACUUUGAUCCUUCUUCCAUCAUGGAUGAUUCGGUGGGUAUUGGUUUGUUAUUGAGAGUACAGUGAUAUCUACAUUGUUAAAGAUAACGUACAACAAACGAUAUGAUCAACAAUAACAGUGGCAGUGCCGAUGUGAAGUCCAGAUACCUAGUUAAUGUCUUUGGUAUGCAUACGGAAAGGCUAUACUCAUAUUCUCUCAUUCUUUUCCAUAUUAUACAGCAAGUAACUAAACAUUUAAAUUGAGUAUUUUCUUCCUUUUUAGGUCCUCAAUGUUUCAAUGUUCUAA